AUGAGGGCAAGUUCUCUUGAAGUGAUUUUUGUAUUUAUCUUCCCCCCAUCAUUUGAUGAGCUUGAGAAGCGCCUUUGCUCUCGGGGAACAAAAACUGAGGAACAAGUUCAAAAGAGGCUAAGAAAUGCGAAAGCUGAGCUCGAGCAAGGAAGAGCCCCAGCAUUGGACAAAAUUCCUCUUAUUCAUUCUAUGUCUAAAAAGGAUCAGAAGCUUCUGAUAAACUGUGGCAGGGGCCAAUUUGAAUCUUCAACACCUAGCAUGUUUUUCCUCAAUGUAUCUUCAAUUAAAAGAGGAGCUCCUGGCCAGACAAGAGGACUAAUUAUCUUUGCAAUCAACUCAUCGACAAAUAAUAUUAAUGGAGGAGCUCCUGGCCAGACAAGAGGACUAAUUAUCUUUGCAAUCAACUCAUCGACAAAUAAUAUUAAUGGGUUCGAACAACUUUAA